UGUGUUAGCGAGCUCGUCGGUUUGUGUGGAAGCCUGCAUGACAGAGUCCAUCCGGCAAAGGUUUUGUCUGUACCCUGAACACCCAAUCGACAACGAAAAAAGGCACCCGGAGUGAGAAGUGCGCCCACCGAGAGAGAGCAUGGCUCCUCCGCAACAAAAGAAAAGUCACUGGUGGAAAGUUUAAGGAGCUCCACGUUUUGAACUCCUCUCUUUAAAGUAUUGGACGCACUACGAGGAGCGAUGCAGUUCGUUAAGUUGGAUUUUAUACUUCUUUUCUGCUGGUGGAAGUUGGUUCCGCUGGUGUCCAGUUACGCGGUUCACCUCGGCGAGGACGCCCGGCCGAGGACGGUGCUGGCCGGCGUGGAGCAGCGCGCGCGAUGCGCUCUUGAUCAGGUGCUCGCCCCCAAAGCCACCGAGCGCUUCUUAGACACAGACCCUGCGACGGGAACCGUUUACCUUUCCGACUCUAUAAAGUGCGCCUGGCUGCGCUCCAACCCGUUUACGCUUUAUAUUGUGUCGGACUGCGUGGACUCCGUGGGUUCCGGCUACCGGCAUCUCAUUACCAGCCGCUAUGACGUCCACGUCCACGGGAGAAACUGCAUUAAGAAACCUACAAAGAAAGCGGAGUGGGACAUGGAGGUGCUGAGUAUAUUCAUCAAGCCCGCACAGUGUCACCAAGCAGGCUUUGCUUUAUUUCCAGUCAGGGGGCUCCUACCUGGAGAGCCCACCCGCUGCCGGGUCACCAGCCGAGGUCACUUUUACUUCUCUGACGGGGACUUGUUUGUGUCUGAGACUCUGUGCUGGAGCCAAGACACGCUUUUGGAGUUGGACCUGCUCUGCGAUGUCCUGGUAGGUGACGGUUCCACUCGUGUUGACCCCAUCUUCAUCCACUGGCGUGUGGGACAGGGUCCCUUUCUUCAAGGCCACAUCAAAAAGCUACUCGAAAAGACAACUCGCACCAACAUGGGAAUUGUGGGCAGGAGAAGGAGAAGCAUCAACAGCAGUCCUCAGUUUCAGCCCCCGAUGUACCAGGUGUUAGUGGCGGAAAACAAGCCAGCUGGGACUUCUGUUGUUAUUUUAAAAGCAGUGGAUGCAGACGAGGGCGAAGCGGGCCGGCUGGAGUAUUUUAUUGAGGCUCUCUUUGACAGCCGCUCCAAUAACCUUUUUGCUGUGGAUCCGGCCAGUGGGGCCGUGUCUACAGUGGAAGUGCUGGAUCGUGAGACGAAAGAAACCCACGUGUUCCGCGUGACAGCAGUGGACCAUGGGACGCCACGACGCACGGCCAUGGCCACGCUCACCGUCACAGUCAGUGACACUAAUGACCAUGAUCCCGUUUUUGAGCAGCAGGACUAUAAGGAGAGCAUCAGGGAGAAUCUGGAGAUUGGCUACGAAGUAUUGACUGUGAGGGCCACUGAUGGCGACGCACCUGUUAACGGUAACAUCCUUUAUCAAAUUCUUAAUAGUAAUGGAUCAAAUGAUGUCUUUGAGAUUGACGCCAGGUCUGGUGUUAUUCGCACCAAAGGCCUUGUAGACAGGGAGGCAGUUGAUGCCUAUAUGUUGUUAGUCCAGGCAAAUGACCAAGGCCGUGAGCCCGGACCCCGUAGUGCCACAGCUACUGUUUAUAUUGUGGUAGAAGAUGACAAUGACAAUGCUCCCCAGUUUAGUGAGAAACGCUACAUUGUCCAAGUGCCUGAGGACUUAGCCCCUAAUACUGAAAUCAUGCAGGUGACAGCCACAGAUCAGGACAGGGGGAGCAACGCUAUGGUCCACUUUAGCAUCAUGAGUGGCAACUCCAGGGGGCAGUUUUAUAUUGAUGCCCAAACUGGUAAAAUGGACCUGGUGAGUCAUCUAGAUUACGAGGCAAGCAAAGAAUACACUUUAAGAAUCCGAGCUCAAGAUGGAGGCCGUCCCCCUCUUUCCAACAUCAGUGGCCUGGUCACAGUGCAGGUGCUGGAUGUUAAUGACAAUGCCCCAAUUUUUGUGAGCACACCAUUUCAAGCCACUGUUUUGGAGAAUGUACCGCUAGGCUACUCAAUCAUCCACAUCCAAGCUGUGGAUGCAGACUCUGGCGACAACUCCAGGCUGGACUAUCGGCUCACUGAAACCAUGCCGGACUUCCCUUUCACCAUCAACAACAGUACAGGGUGGAUUGUAGUGGCAGCUGAACUGGAUAGGGAGAGUGUUGAUUUUUACAACUUUGGAGUGGAGGCCCGAGAUCACGGCUACCCUCCCAUGUCCUCCUCCGCCAGCAUUAGCAUGACCAUUCUUGAUGUAAAUGACAACAACCCAGAGUUCACCCAAAAAGCGUACUAUAUGCGACUGAAUGAGGAUGCGGCUGUGGGGACCAGUGUGGUGACGGUGUCUGCUGUGGACCAGGAUAUAAACAGUGUGGUGACAUACCAGAUAUCCAAUGGAAACACUCGCAACAGGUUCUCCAUCACAAGUCAGAGUGGAGGUGGGCUUAUCACGCUAGCGCUGCCUUUAGAUUAUAAACUAGAGCGCCAGUAUGUACUGACUGUGACUGCAAGUGAUGGUACACUGUUUGACACGGCAAAAGUGUUUGUGAACGUUACUGAUGCCAACACACACCGGCCCGUGUUCCAGAGCUCCCAUUACACAGUCAACAUCAAUGAGGACAGGCCAAUGGGCACCACGGUUGUCCUAAUAAGUGCCACGGAUGAAGAUACAGGAGAAAAUGCCCGCAUCACUUAUUUUAUGGAUGACAGCAUCCCUCAGUUUGACAUCGAUCCUGACACGGGUGCCGUCACCACACUGAUGGAACUGGAUUACGAAGACCAGGUUUCCUACACAUUGGCCAUCACUGCCCGUGACAACGGCAUCCCGCAGAAGUCUGACACAACCUACCUGGAGAUACUGGUGAACGACGUAAACGACAACUCGCCACGUUUCCUCAGAGACAAUUACCUGGGCUCUGUGAUGGAAGACGUGCCUGUCUUCACAAGCGUGGUCCAGGUGUCAGCCACUGAUCGAGACUCUGGCCUUAACGGGCGCGUCUUCUACACCUUCCAGGGUGGUGACGACGGGGAUGGAGACUUCAUUAUCGAAUCCACCUCUGGUAUUGUUCGCACACUGCGCAGAUUAGAUCGAGAAAAUGUGCCUGUUUACAGCCUGCAAGCUUUUGCAGUGGAUAAAGGCAUUCCAGCAUUAAAAACACCAAUCAACAUACAAGUGACAAUUCUUGAUGUAAAUGACAACCCUCCUGUAUUUGAGAAAGAUGAGUUUGACAUUAUGGUAGAUGAAAACACCCCAAUUGGCCUUGUGGUUGCACUUAUUUCAGCAACAGACCCAGACGAAGGGAGUAAUGCUCAGAUUAUGUACCAGAUAGUGGAGGGAAACAUGCCAGAAAUGUUUCAGCUGGAUAUCUUCUCAGGAGAACUGACAUCGCUAAUAGACUUGGACUAUGAAAUGAGGUCUGAAUACAUCAUAGUGGUCCAGGCAACCUCAGCCCCCCUUGUCAGCCGGGCUACAGUCCAUGUCAAACUCGUGGACAAGAACGACAACGUGCCUGUGCUUAAAAACUUCAAGAUCAUCUUCAACAACUAUGUGACGGACAAAUCCAGCAGCUUCCCAGCAGGAGUGAUCGGUCGCAUCCCCGCCCAUGACCCGGAUGUGUCGGACCAGCUUCACUACAGCUUUGAAGUGGGGAAUGAGUUGAACCUUGUGCUGCUGAACCAAACAACAGGGGAGAUCCAGCUCAGCCAGGCCCUGGAUAAUAACCGUCCCCUAGAGGCUUCAAUGCGAAUCUCAGUGUCAGAUGGUGUCCACUCUGUGUCGGCCCAGUGCCUUCUCCAGGUCACCAUCAUCACAGAUGAGAUGUUGUCCAACAGCAUCACACUGAGGCUGGCCAACACUUCUCAGGAGCACUUCCUCUCCCUACUGCUUGCUCAGUUCCUGGACGGUGUUGCACGCGUGCUCUCCGCAGCCCCGGAAGACGUCGUCAUUUUUAACAUUCAGGACGACACCGAUGUCAGCGCCCGAAUCCUGAACGUCAGCCUGUCCGUGGCCGUGCCCGGCGACGCCCCACAGCGGAGUUCGGGCCUCGGCCAGCGCAGAGAAGACGACACCAGAAGAGGAGCGGAAGGGGGCGGGCCGGAGUUUUUCGGUUCCGAGGAACUCCAGGAGAGGCUGUACCUAAACCGCAGCUUGCUGGCCCAAAUAUCCUCCCAGGAAGUUCUGCCCUUCGAUGACAACAUCUGCUUGCGGGAGCCCUGUGAGAACUACAUGAAGUGCGUUUCCGUGCUAAAGUUUGACAGCCUGGCCCCUUUUGUGGCAUCCGACACCAUCCUCUUCCGGCCCAUCCACCCCAUCGCUGGCCUACGCUGCCGCUGUCCCUCCGGGUUCACGGGAGACUACUGCGAGACCGAGAUCGACCUGUGCUACUCCAAACCCUGUGGCGCUCACGGCGUGUGUCGUAGCAGAGAGGGAGGCUUCACCUGUGAGUGCAUGGACGACUAUACAGGAGAGCGGUGCGAGCUGUCAUCACGCUCCGGCCGCUGUGCUGCAGGAGUCUGCAAGAACGGCGGCGUGUGUGUCAACCUCCUGGUGGGUGGCUUCAAGUGCGAUUGCCCUUCGGGCGGCUAUGAGAAGCCUUACUGCGAGAUGACCAUGCGAAACUUCCCCCCGAACUCCUUCCUCACCUUUAAAGGCCUCCGCCAGCGCUUCCACUUCACCGUCUCGCUCACAUUUGCUACUAAAGAGCCUAAUGGUUUAUUGUUGUACAAUGGUCGCUUCAAUGAGAAACACGACUUCAUUGCCAUGGAAAUUAUCAACGAGCAAAUUCAGGUCACCUUCUCGGCAGGUGAAACCAAGACCACCGUUUCACCUUUUGUUGUCGGCGGUGUGAGCGACGGCCAGUGGCAUGUGGUGGAGGUCAACUACUACAACAAGCCCAUUCUUAACCAGGCGGGUCUGCCGCAGGGUCCCUCCGAGCAGAAGGUUGUGGUUGUGACUGUUGACAACUGUGACAACCCUGUGGCUCUGAGGUUUGGUCACGUGAUUGGAAACUACACCUGCUCCGCGCAGGGAAGCCAAUCGGGAAGCAAAAAAUCACUGGACCUGACUGGUCCGCUGCUCCUCGGAGGAGUCCCCAAGCUCCCCGAGGACUUUCCUGUCCGCAACCACCAGUUUGUGGGCUGCAUGAAGAACUUGCGUGUGGACAACCAACGCGUCGACAUGGCAGGCUUCAUCGCUAACAACGGAACGAUGCCUGGAUGUUCUGCCAAAAGACACUUCUGUAACAACAACCCGUGCACAAAUGGAGGCACCUGCGUCAACCUGUGGGGAUCCUUCAGCUGUGAUUGUCCGCUUGGAUUCGGAGGAAGAAACUGUGAAAGAGUAAUGGCCAACCCACAGCGUUUCCUGGGCAACAGCUUGUUGCAGUGGAACAACCUGGCGACAGUGACGUCGGUCCCCUGGCACGUGGAGCUGAUGCUGCGUACCCGUCAGGCGAGCGCCAUGCUUCUGCACAUCUCCUCUGGCCUGCGGCACAACCUCACCCUGCAGCUACGUGGUGGGAGUGUGCUGAUGGGCCUGCACAGGGGGGAAGACUCCACACUUUCCCGCGUGGAGGAGGUGCUGGUAAACGAUGGCGACUGGCAUCAUUUGCAACUAGAUAUCAGCAGUUUGAGCGGGCCGGCGGGUCACCAUAAAGCGGUUCUAUCAGUCGAUCAUGGGUUUUACCUGGCCAGUAUGCAGGUGGAUGGGGAGUUGCAAGAGUCCAAGCUGAAGGCUGUGAGUGUUGGCGGUUUAGCGAAGCCCGAUGGGAAAAUUCAGCAUGGCUUCCAAGGAUGCAUACAAGGUCUGCGAGUCGGUGGGGCUCUGAGUUUGAGUCAGGCCAGGAAGGUGAACGUGGAGGUGGGCUGUAACGUGCCUGACCCCUGCGGCUCCAGCCCCUGUCCCGCCAACGGCUACUGCAGCGACGACUGGGACAGCUACUCGUGCACGUGCCGCUCUGGUUUCUACGGCACCAACUGCACAGAUGCGUGCACACUCAACCUGUGUGAGCACGAGUCCACUUGCACCAGAAAAACCAGCUCCCCCCGCGGUUACACAUGUGACUGUCCGCACAACUACUUUGGCCAUUACUGCGAGAAAAAGACUGACCUGCCUUGUCCCCGAGGUUGGUGGGGUCACAAGACCUGUGGUCCAUGUAACUGUCCAACUGAUCGUGGGUUUGAUUCAGAUUGUAACAAGACCAGCGGAGAGUGUCGCUGUAAGGACAAUCACUACCGUCCCGAAGGAAGCGACACAUGCCUGCUCUGCGACUGCUAUCCGGUGGGCUCCUUCUCCAGAACUUGCGAGCGCGAGAGCGGUCAGUGUCCGUGUAAAGCAGGCGUGAUCGGACGCCAGUGCGACCGCUGCGACAACCCCUUCGCCGAGGUUUCUUCUAACGGCUGCGAAGUCAUCUAUGACAGCUGCCCUCAGGCCAUCCAGGCUGGAAUCUGGUGGCCCAGGACCAAGUUUGGGCUCCCCGCAGCAGUCCCCUGCCCCAAGGGGACCAUGGGCACUGCCAUUCGCCACUGUGACGAGCACAAGGGUUGGCUGCCUCCUAAUCUCUUCAACUGCACGUCGGUCACCUUCAGCCAGCUGAGAGUGUUGUCUGAAAGGUUUUCCCAUAACGCAUCUCUGCUGGAUUCGAGCCGCGUCCAGCAGACAGCGGCCAUGUUGGCCAACGCCACAGUUCAUACAGAAAAGUACUACGGCAGCGAUGUGAAAGUGGCCUACGGCCUCACUCAGAGGCUGUUGCAGCACGAGAGCGAGCAGCAGGGAUUCAACCUUACGGCCACGCAGGACGUCCACUUCACCGAGAACCUGGUCCACGUGGGCAGUGCCAUUCUGUCUCCAGACACCCGACCACACUGGGAGUUGAUCCAGCAUACGGAAGGUGGCACGGCAGCACUGCUGCGCCGUUACGAGGAAUACGCCAACACUCUGGCGCAGAACAUGAGGAAGACAUACCUCAGCCCCUUCACCAUCGUCACGCCGCACAUUGUCAUCUCAGUGGACCGUCUGAAAAAGAUGAAUUUUGCCGGAGCCAAACUACCACGGUACCAGUCUCUGAGGGGCCCUCGUCCCACCGAUCUGGAGACUACCGUCACCCUGCCAGACUCAGUCUUCCGGCCGCCCGUGGACACCAAGAGCCGCAGGAACUUGGACAUUUUACCGGAAUCUUCGCCGAGAAACCGUUCCACCAACAGGAAGCGGCGCCACCCUGAUGUUGACGAGCCGGAUGCCGUCGCCAGCGUCAUCAUCUUCCACAGUCUGGCAUCUCUGCUACCUGAGAGCUACGACCCUGACAAGAGAAGUCUCCGCGUGCCAAAGCGUCCCGUGAUCAACACCCCCGUGGUGAGCAUCACAGUCCACGAUAACGACGAGCUGUUGAAGCAUCCGCUGGACAAACCCAUCACGGUGCAGUUCCGCCUUGUAGCCACCGAGGAGCGCUCCAAACCCAUUUGCGUCUUCUGGAACCACACCAUACUAGCUGGAAGGGGCGGCUGGUCAGCGAAAGGCUGCGAAGUGGUCUUUCGAAACAACACUCACAUUAGCUGUCAGUGUUAUCACAUGACUAGCUUUGCUGUGCUCAUGGACAUCUCCAGAAGGGAGAAUGGUGAGAUCCUGCCCAUCAAAAUCCUGUCGUGGAGCACCGUUGGCGUCACCCUGGGCUUCCUCUUCCUCACCACCGUAUUCCUGCUGUGUCUGAGAGCCAUGCAAUGCAACAAGACCAGCAUUGUGAACAACGGUGCCACCGCUCUCUUCCUGUCCGAGCUUGUCUUCAUCCUGGGAAUCAACCAGGCUGACAAUCCAUUUUUGUGCACGGUCAUCGCUAUCCUGCUGCACUUCUUCUACCUGUGCACUUUCUCAUGGCUUUUUCUGGAGGGCCUGCACGUCUACCGCAUGAUCAGUGAAGUGCGAGAUAUCAACUAUGGACCCAUGAGGUUCUACUAUCUGAUUGGCUGGGGAGUACCUGCCUUCAUCACAGGUUUGGCAGUAGGAUUGGACCCCGAAGGAUACGGCAACCCAGACUUUUGCUGGCUGUCCAUGUACGACACCCUCAUCUGGAGCUUUGCCGGACCUAUUGCCAUGGUGGUUUCGAUGAAUGUCUUCCUGUACAUCCUGUCGUCUAAGGCGUCGUGCUCACUCAAGCGCCAAAGCAUGGAGAAGAAGGAGCCUCGCGUGUCGGGCCUGAAAACGGCCGGUGGCGUCCUCUUCCUGGUUUCAGUCACGUGCUUCCUGGCUUUGCUUUCUGUCAACAGUGACAUGAUCAUCUUUCAUUACUUGUUUGCUGGCUUCAACUGUGUGCAGGGUCCCUUCAUCUUCUUCUUUCGGAUUGUUUUCAAUAAAGAAGCGAGAAACGCCAUGAAAUAUUGCUGUGGACACAAACACCCCGACCACAUGAUUAAAUCCAAAUCAUCGGGCUACAAUUGCAAUAGCAACUACAUGGAUGGCAAGUUGUACCACCUUCCCUUCGGGGAGUCCAGCGUCUCUCUGAACGGCACCAUGCAGAGCACCAAAAGUCAGCAUAGCUAUGUGCCUUUUGUACUCAGGGACGACUGUCUGAGCACCAGCCAGGCGCACAUCGCCCUCAAUGACCACACGUCGCUCUUCCACGAAACGGACGAGCGCGUGGUUGACGAUCGUGACAGCGACUCAGACAGUGACUUGUCACUGGAGGAUGACCAGAGCGGCUCCUACGCCUCGACGCACUCCUCCGACAGCGAGGACGAGGAGGGUCCUCUGCGUCCUGAAGAAUGCUGGGAAAACUUGGCGUCCAAUGGAGCUAAACGGCCACAAGCACAUGGUACAAUCGACGGCAGAUUGUACUGGCCUGCAGCAGCGAGUGAGGGAGAAGUUAGCGAUGCUGAGAGACUCAAGGUCAAUUCCGAGUCAUCGAAUGAGCGCAGCCACGAUGUGGUAUCGGUCCUGCUGCCCCCCAUGCCCAACUUCCACGCCCACCCCCACAAAGGCAUCUUAAAGAAAAAGCAGCUCUCCCCAAUCAUAGAGAGGAACGGCUUCAACCGCAUCCACAAUGAACUGUGCGACGACGGGCCGGGCUCAGCCUCCCCCCACGGCUCGUCCUGUAGCGAGCGACACUCCGGCAUCGCUAAGGCCAGCCUGCCCGAGCAGUUGAAUGGCGUCGCUGUGAGCAUCAAGGCAGGAACGGUGGACGGUGACUCGUCUGGAUCAGAAAGCCACUGCAACACUGCCAUGUGAGCGCGCUGACAGAGGGCUGGUGUGUCUUUGCGGGUCAUAGAGGCUCCUUCCUCGUCGCUGGGACUUCUCCAUUGAAAAUGCUUUUUUUUCUUUUUUUUUUUUUUAAAGGAUUCUGAAGGAUAAAGUAUGUGUGGGAGCGUACAUUGUACAGUGGAGCCACUGAGAACGGGUGUGGGCAUCUUUCAGGAGAGUGUAGCUUAGCCAUUUAUGAUUGCUACUAGGGAUGUCCCGAUCGCAUAUUUUUGUAACAUAGUCUGUGUCACCUGAUUUUGAUAAUCUGCCGAUACUAAGUCCUGAUCUGAUACAAGGAAAAACUUUUUUUUUUUUGUUUGUUUUUUUUUUGUGAACAAAACCUAAUAUGUCACAGUACUGUACUUUUUACAGUACUUCUUCUUACACUUUUUCCAGGAGUGUUGCGUAGUAUAAAACGUAUAUAUUUUCUAUUUUCUUUUGGCAAUGCCAUUGUAUUUCUGGAUUAUUUUGUUACUUUUUAGCCCUUACAAAGUAAAAAAUAUAUAUGGCGGAAAACACUCAGAUGACUUGAAGUUCCGCUCUGAGACCCCAAUUUGGCCAAAUUUCAAAAUUGUCCUAUUUGCAUGUGUGAUACAUCAUUGGAAAGCUUAAAAUCUCAAUUUUCUGAGGGAAGAAAAAUUUGGGGCAGGAGGGCAUUUUAAAAAAAAAAAAUUUUUUUAAACAGCAAAACCCUAUUUGGAGGUGAGAGCACGCGAGAGCAGAAUUACAGACGCCAUGACUUUAACGUGAUAUUAUCGCGUACUUACCUUGUUUCGAUCCAAAACCUCCAUGUAGCAUGUAUCACUGAGUGUCAAGACACAGCUUUGAAUGGCCACAGCUGGAUUUUGGGGGGAUUUUAUAAGUGAAACAAGGUACCAUAACAAGUGUCGCAAUGCAGAAAUCACAGACAUCAAGGAGUGGUCGAGAUUUUCUUUUUCAUAUAGUUACCCUUUUAAACGUUUUUUUUUUUUUCUUCAAUUUUUCUUUGUUUGGAUCGAUUAUUUAUGAUCUAACAUAUCGGAGAAAAUGCGACAGUAACAAAAAAUAUAUAUAAUUAAGCAAUAGUUAUGAGGUAGAUAUCCGUGACUUUUUUACAGACGCCAUUUUUUUCAUUGUGACAUAAUUUGUUUAAAAUAUAUGUGUGAAUAAUUUUUUAAAGUCAGUUUUCGUUCAAAAAAAUGAGACAUCAAUUAAUGAUUCUUAGCUAAAAAUGACAGACAUUUUGAAUAAUAAAUAUAAUUAAUUACCUUUCUUGUAUGGCGGGGUUGAAACAAAAGCGGUUGAGCGAUGUCUGUAAACGGGGGGUUUUCAGGGUAAAACGGACAAAUUAAAAAUAGUUCGGGGGCUUAAUGCGCCAUGAAUCUGCUAUGGCAGCAUAUAGACAUAUUGUUCUAUCAAACACAACAGUUGUUUUGGCUUAAAAUACAGCAGUUUCUUUUAAAGAGGAGUGCAAGAGCAGAAAAUGCUUUUUUUAGUCUUGUCUGUGUUUUCCGUCAUAUACAAAUUAGGCCUGAAUUAUAUUGGAAAAUUUUAAGAUUGCGAUACAGUGGAGAAAAUAAGUAUUUGAACACCCUGAAAUUUUGCAAGUUCUCCCACUUAGAAAUCAUGGAGGAGUCUGAAAUUUUCAUCGUCGGUGCAUGUCCACUGUGAGAGAGAUAAUCUAAAAAGAAAAAUCCAGAAAUCACAAUGUGUGAUUUUUUUAACAAUUUGUUUGUGUAAUACAGCUGCAAAUAAAUAUUUGAACACCCGUCUAUCAGCUAGAAUUCUGACCCUGAAAGCCCUGUUAGUCCUUCUAUUAGAAGUCCACCUCCAUGUAUUAUUCUGAAUCAGAUGCACUUGUUUGAAGUCGAUAGAAGCAUAAAGACACCUGUCCACCCAUUACAAUCAGUAAGACUCAAACUUCUAACAUGAUCAAGACCAAAAAGCUGUCCAAAGACACGAGAGACGAAAUUGUUCAGCUCCACAAGGCUGGAAAGGGCUGCGGAGCAAUUGUGAAACAUUUUGGUGGAAAAAGGGUCCACUGUUGGAGCAAUCAUUAGAAAAUGGAAGUAGCUAAACAUGAUUGUCAAUCUCAAUCUGAGUGGAGACCCAUGUAAGAUAUCAUCUCGUGGGGUCUCAAUGAGCCUAAGAAAGGUGAGGAAUCAACCCAGAACUACACGACAGGAGUUGGUCAAUGACCUGAAAAGCGCUGGGACCACUGUUACCAAUGUAACUGUUGGUAAUACACUAAGACAUCAUGUUUUGAAAUCAUGCAUGGCACGGAAUGUUCCCCUGCUUAAGUCAGCACAUGUCAAGGCCCAUCUUAAGUUUGCCUGUGACUAUUUGGAUGAUGCAAAGGAGUCACGAGAGCAAAUUCUGUGGUCAGAUGUGAGUAAAAUAGAACUUUUUGGCUAUAAUUCAACUUACAGUGUUUGGAGGAAGAAAUAUAAUAAGUACUAUCUCAAGAACACCAUCCCCACUGUGAAGCAUGGGGGUGGUAGCAUCAUGCUUUUGGGGUGUUUUUCUGCGCAAUGGACAGGACAAGUGCACUGUAUUAAAGAGAGGAUGACUGAGACCCUGUAUUGUGAGAUUUUGGGGAACAACCUCAUUCCUUCAGUCAGAGCAUUGAAGAUGGGUCGUGCCCAGGUCUUCCAACACAACAAUAACCAAGGAGUGGCUCUGUAAGAAGCAUAACAAGGUUUUAGUAUGGCCUAGCCAGUCUCCAGACCUAAACCCAAUAGAAAACCCUUUGGAGGGAGCUCAAACUCUGUGUUCCUCAGCGACCGCCCAGAAAACCUGACUGACGGGUGGGCCAGGAUCCCACAUGCAGUGUUUGCAAACCUGGUAAAAAACUACAGGAAACGUUUGACCUCUGUAAUUGCAAACAAAGGGUACUGUACCAAAUAUUAACAAUAGUUUUCUCAUGUGUUCAAAUACUUAUUUGCAGCUGUAUCACACAAAUCGUUAAAAAAUCAUACAUUGUGAUCUCUGGAUUUUUCUUUUUAGAUGAUCUCUCUUACAGUGGACAUGCAAUUAAUGAAUUGAAAUGAAAUUUCAGACCCCUCCAUGAUUUCUAAAUGGGAGAACUUGCAAAAUAGCAGGGUGUUCAAAUACUUAUUUUCUUCACUGUAUAUAUUGCCAAGGCUCCACACUUUUUGCAUUGGUUGCACUGGUGUGCCUAACUUUUUUCUUAAGGUGCACCAGCACAAAAGGUAGGGGCACCCACAUUGUUCAUUGCCUCACCUUUAACGCCAUAUUUUUAAUCACUCUCCGUAACAUUCAUAUAAUUCAUAUGGGUGAGUCCGCUCAAAUUCAUUCACGCUUUGACGCUCACGCUGCCGAGAAAAGCCUCUAGACAACAAAGAUUGACUAAACGAUGAUUGACACAUUUGUGCCUUUGAUCGUACAGCUACAGAGCCUUCACUCACCAGAUCAACGCUACAAACCUGUCAAUCAUUGUUAAGUUAACUCCUGCUGCCUGAUGACCAAAAAAAGCAGUAGGAGGUAGAGUGAGAGGCUCUAUGUGCAUGAAGCAGAAAAACUUUUUUUUUGAUUAAAAAAAAAAAACGAUCAUUUUCACCCGUUUCUGAUCCUCUAAAAAAUGGCGCGAUUUGGCCCAAUUUCUGGUCACGAGAUCGGAUGGGGACAUCCCUAUUUGCUACUUUACAGAAAUUGUCAUAUUCCUCCCAUUGGAGAGAUCCUCAACACCUCAUGAAUUUAGCUAUACACAGUAUUUCCUGAAAAAUGAUGAAUAUAAUAUUAACUAACAGUCAGAGGUGGGUAGUAACACGUUACAUUUAUUCUGUUACAUUUACUUUUACUAAAAUUUACCGUUUUACCACGCAAUACUUUUUACCUUUGCCUGAGUAGAUUUGUGAAGACGAUAAUAAUCUUACUCCUCUUGCUACAUUGCGACUUUAUUUUUGCCUAGAGGGCGCUCAUACGUUUUUCUACAGGCAAUUUUACAGUCUAAAUUCAAUGAUUUUUGUGUCAUCUUUUUGUCCUAAUAUGGCCAUUUUAUAGUUAUAGUACAGUAUAAUAAUCUGUAAUGAUUUAUACUGUAUAUAAUAAUAUAAAUAUAAAAAUGAUAUUGUAAGCUGUUACAAUUUUACUCAUUACUUAAGUAUUCUUUUCAAUGAAUACUUUUUAACUUGUACUUCAUUACUCUUUUGGAUGACCACUUUUACUUGAGUAAUAUGAUUUAGAAGUAACACUACUUUUACCUAAGUAAAAUUUUUGUCUACUCUACCCACCUCUGCUUACAGUAUAAUAACCCAAGCUGAAGCACUACUUUCUGUCAAUCUCAACCUCUAGUUAGACCCGUAUUCAUCUGAAAGACAUGUAUUUUCUCUAGUCACUUAUUGACUUUAAAAUGAAUUUAAUAUCUGAAUUAGCCCACUGUAGUUCUCAGUGGCUCAUAUCAUGCGAGUGUGCGUGCCAAACGUCAGGAUCGAGUACUGAUGGAACAUACGUAUCUCCCUUUAAAUAUAUUGUUUUGUUUACAUACUUGAAUUGUUUUUUAAAUGCACUUUUUGUUUCAUUUGCUGCCCUAAUUAGUUUUAUUUUUCAAAUUUUGUACAUUUUUUUGAUAGUGGAACAAUAAAGUUGUCAUGCUUGUGUUCGCCUAGGCUUGCAGACAUUCAGGGAACGUUCAGCUAAAAGGACUCGGUGAUGAGUUUGGACUAUGCUCGAUGGAUAUAGUUCGUGUGUAUGUGUGUGUGUGGGGGUGGGGGGUCGAGGGUGCGGCCGUGUGUGUGUGUUCAUGUGUGCGUGUCCAAGCACUAAUAAGCAAGUAAAAGUCAUUAUUUCCAGCCUGUGUUUGUGGAUUUCAUUCCACUGUCAAUGCUGUAGUUCAUAUCAACAAGGGCACAAGUCUGUACGUAUGUGUACAAUUAAGAAAAGGACUUUUGAUACUUUUUGUCAUUUUGCAAAUCAACGAGAGCACAUUUUGAUGGACUCGAUGCUCUCUUUUUGUUUGUCAUCCAAGGGGAGGACACAUUUCCGUCCAUGAAUAAUAACCGUGUUUCAUAGGGUAGCGGGGCGUGUUCGUCAUUUGUAAAAUAAUUCAAAUCCAUGAAUAUUUGCCAUGUAAUCUGUUUUUACUGUACAGAGUGGCCUGUAAAUGAAAGUAAAUAUGUAAACAUGACAUCAUUGUAGGUUUGUCUCUCUUUGUAUCUACUAUUUGCCAUGUUGACCAACUGUGGACUUAAAUGUGUUUCCAUUGAAUUGCCAUUAAAAUAAUUCGCAGAUGGUGUUUCUA